CCGGUGUCUUUUGACAUCCUCGACACCAAGUUCGACAUGAUUCUGGGCAUGUCUUGGUUGCGUAGCGCCGAUCAUCCGGUGAACUUCCAUGACCGAGCCGUUCACAUCCGUGAUCAGAACGGAGUGUUAGUCCCAUGUACGGUCGCGACCCCUCACACUUCGAUUGCUUGUCACGUGGUUUCCGUUGCGCCGACGCCAUUGCUCGGAAUGACGUCGAGGAGAUGGGUCUUGUAUUCUUGCAUGCUCUUCCCUCCCCGGACGGACCAGCUGCGUUACCGCCGGACCCACGCAUUUCUCACCUCUUGGACGAGUAUAGAGACGUCUUCGAGGCUCCCACCGGAACGGUUUCGGAUCGGCCCAUACGUCACGGGAUCACUCUCGAGGCUGGCGCCGUCCCUCCGCGUGGAUGUAUCUACCGCAUGAGCGAAGAGGAACUCGAGGUGCUUCGCGCACAACUCGAUGAUCUUCUCAACAAGGGUUGGAUUCGCCCUAGUUGCUUGCCAUACAGAGCACCUGUUCUCUUCGUCCGGAAGAAGAACAAAGAUCUACGGUUAUGCAUCGACUAUCGGAAACUUAACGCACAAACCGUAAAGAACGCCGGCCCUCUCCCUCGGAUUGAUGAUCUCCUUGAGCGGUUAGGCGGCGCGACGUACUUCUCCAAGUUGGAUUUGAAGUCAGGUUACCACCAGAUUGAAAUCCAGCCUCAAGACCGGUAUCUUGGUUUAUAGUAGGACGUUGGACGAGCACAUCGUACACCUUCACGUUGUUUUGAAUCGUUUGCGACUAGCCAAGUACAAAG